UCCGUGUUGUCAGUCAGCUGAUUAAUUAUAAUUUUGUUCCUGAAAUUAUUUCGUGAAUAUUUUGUGAAAAAUAUUAAAGAAAAACCAUACAUCUUACAACAUAUUCAUUGCUAUUUAUCAUCAAAAAAUCGAAAUAGUAAAAAAGUGUUAUUCUAGUGAAUGUGAAACUCAAAAGAUUCUAUGAAAAUGUUGUCGAAACAUUACAAACUUUUGCCUAAAUUGAGGGCUCAAUCCGUUUAUCACUGCCGCUAUUUCUCAUCACAAACCAACGCCAAAGAAAUGGACGUUUCUUUUUCUAAUGGAUUAAAUUUAAACUUCUCCCAUGGGCGCUACGCACGCUUCGCAGACGGGGCAUGUGUGGCCACACUCGGGAACACCAGUGUUCUAUCGACAGUGGUGUCAAAAGCGAAGCAGAGUCCUGCUUCGUUUCUACCACUUGUUGUGGACUACAGACAAAAGGCAGCUGCUGCUGGAAGAAUACCUACCAACUUUCUGAGAAGAGAACUUGGUCCAACAGAAAGAGAAAUCCUCACCUCAAGACUGAUUGAUCGGUCUUUACGACCGCUCUUCCCCCAAAACUACAAUUAUGACACGCAAAUAGUCUGUAACAUGUUGGCGGUUGACGCAACGAAUCCUCCUGAAACGAUUGCUAUAAACGCUGCCAGUGCUGCUUUGGCAUUGUCCGAUGUGCCGUGGAAUGGACCUGUUGGUGCUGUGAGGGUAGGCCAAAUCGACAACGAAGUGAUAGUGAACCCAACGCGCAAAGACCUCGAGAAGUCGAUCCUGAACUUGGUGGUGGUGGCUACGAAGAGCAACCUGGUUGUGAUGCUGGAGGGGAACGCGUCGGAUAUCUUGCAGCAGGAUCUACUGAGGGCCAUCAAAUUAGGAACUAAAGAAGCUCAACACAUAGUGAGAGCGAUAGAAAAGCUACAAAAGGACCACGGCAAGAUGAAAAGAGAGUUCGAAACUCAGGCGCCGCUGGACCAGAGCAUAGUGGAGUCGAUCAAAACACUGUCUUCAAUGAAAAUAAGGGAAAUAUUAAGUGACCACACCCACGACAAGAUAUCACGCGACGUAGCGGUCUCAGAACUCCGUCAAACCGUGCUCAAUCAGCUCCGCGAUACCGAAGCGGACGUCAAUCAGCUGCAGGACGCGUUCAAUGCGAACCUCAAGCAGAUAUUCAGGGACAUGAUCUUUGAGACUGAUGUAAGGUGCGAUGGACGGCACUUGGACGACUUGAGGAAUAUCAGCUGUGAGGUGUCAUUGUACGAGCCUCUGCAUGGCAGCGCGGUGUUUCAGCGCGGGCAAACCCAGGUGCUAUGCACAGUCGCAUUCGACUCGCCCGACAGCGCUCUAAAAAUGGACACACUCACUAUGCUAACUAGCGGUAUAAAAGAGAAGAACUUCUUCCUUCACUACGAGUUCCCGUCAUACGCGACGGGAGAGGUAGGCCGUGGCAGCGGGCCGGGGCGGCGCGAGGCGGGCCACGGCGCGCUGGCGGAGCGCGGACUGCUGCCGCUGGUGCCGCCGCUGCCCUACGCCGUGCGGCUCACUGCAGAAGUACUCGAGUCCAACGGUUCUAGCUCCAUGGCGUCAGUAUGCGGCGGUUCUCUAGCGCUGUUGGACGCGGGCGUGGGCCUGGCGGCGCCCGCGGCCGGCGUGGCCAUCGGCCUGGUGUCCCGCCACGACGGCGCGACCCUCACGGAUUACAGGAUACUGACCGAUUUGUUAGGUAUAGAAGACUACAUGGGCGACAUGGAUUUCAAGGUAGCUGGCUCCAAGAAAGGCAUCACAGCGCUGCAAGCCGACAUCAAGAUCCCAGGACUGCCUCUGAAGAUUGUCAUGGAGUCUGUGCAGAAAGCUUGUGAUGCGAAGGCCAAGAUCAUUGAUAUUAUGAACCAGUGCAUUGACAAACCCAGACAAGGCCGCAAAGAGAACAUGCCAGUGACCGAGGAGUUGGAGGUGGAAGUCCACCAGAGGGCCAAACUGCUCGGACUGGGAGGAAUCAACCUGAAGAGACUAUACGUGGAAACUGGUGUGCAGGUAACACCAAUAGACGAGAUCAAAUACAGCGUGUUCGCGCCUUCCCAAACGGCGAUGGACGAAGCUAAAGCCCGAAUAGCGGCGUGGCUCGCCGCCGAACGCACGCCGGAAUUAGAAUUCGGCGCGGUUUACAAGGCGAGGGUGGUGGAAGUGAGGGAUAUAGGCGUCAUGGUCACGCUUUAUCCCGGCAUGGCGCCGGCGUUGGUGCAUAACUCACAAUUGGAUCACAGAAAGAUAAUGCACCCCUCAGCGCUAAACCUCGAAGUGGGCUCCGACAUCCAAGUGAAGUACUUCGGCCGGGACCCCGUAUCGGGACAGGCGCGACUGUCCCGUAAAGUCCUGGCGUCCCCACCACCAGGCGUUGUACGCAAACUCGAUAAGAGCUAGUGAUGUGCUGUGAUAUGUAACUCGUGAACUAUUGUGAAGUGUGUUGAAGUGACUGUGGUUGGUGUAUACGGAUCUAAAAGGGGCUAUGCGUGAUAAGCCUUGAAUAGAUUGCGUAUAGAAAAAUAAUAUUCACAAAAAAAGCAACCGAAUUGAGAACCUCCUUGUUGAAGUCUGUUAAAAAAAUACGAAACAGAAUGGUAACUUGAUCUGAUAAAAAACUGGAAAAAAAAAGGAAUGAAACUCCAAACACAAAAAAUAAAUAUCAUGACCUUUAGUGGACUGGUAGUUACUGCUGUAGGGGAAAAUUUUGAUAUAAUCAAGCUUAUAAAAAGAUGAUUAUGAAGCUUUAAUUAUGUACAGUCAGCGUCAAGUAGUUCGUGCGUUACACCCAAAGUAGCCAAUAAGUUUGCAACACGUCUCUGUUAUAAGGUUGUAUUUUUUUUUAUCCCCAACGAGGAAGCUCUUGGCCUGUAUCUCACCUUUUUUCAACUUUUUGGCCACUUUGGGAGUCACAAACUACAAUAAUUUCACACCUAUUUCCUACCACACUUAUUUAAUCUUGUGUCAUAGAAAUUUAUGACUAUUAUGAAAUACUGCCUAGUCAUUAUUUGUUCUAGCCACUCAUUAUGGUCAUAAUGACUCAUGAAAAGCUCCGAAGCGUAAAACAUUUUGUUAAACGCCUCAUUAUCGGUUUUAUGUAUUCAAUUCAGCAUUUAUUGGCUGUAAAACAGAGAAAACCGUAUCAAUUACAUUUAAAUUUUUAAUUGGGUGAAGCGAAAUGGAUCCUGUAUAAUGGAGCGAUUAAACCAUUAUGUGACGAAAAAAGUAAAUACCAACUUUUUGUUUGAACUGCAAAGUUGUUAGCAGCUUGCUGAUAAAUAUUUUUUAAUGCAGCAAUAGUUGCGAGUCGUUAGAAUUGUUAUGUAUGUACUGUUACAUAUAUCAUUUGUUUCUUUUAUAUUUGUUACAAGUACACAAUAAACAUACAAGCUGUGUUACAUAAUGUUUUACAAUUUCUGUAAAAAAAUACAAUAUGAAUUAAAUUAAUUUGUAAAAUUCUAGCUAAUAAUUUAAA